UUCAGUGGGUUUUCUCCGGCACUUGCCUCCUCCAGCCCCACGGGAGCUGUUGCCAUGCUCAGCUCAGCAGUGUCAGGGAGAGGCCAUUUCCAAAGCUAAAAAUGAAGUUUAAUGUGGCAGUGGAAAUUGGUGCCCACGAAGACCCCAGAGCUGGGAUAGCAACAAACAUGAGCCCAGUUCCAUCUCCCAGAGCUGUGAGCCCUGCGGGGCCCCAGGAGGGCUGCGUGGCAGGGGCCGUGCGUGCUUGGGGACCUGCUGGAGCGCGUCAUGAGCAGCAGGGGGGUUGCCUGACAAUUUAGGCCAAAACCCAUUUUGCCAGCUCUCAUGCGCUGCCAAAUACCGUCAUGAUCUGUGUGUCCGUGGGGACCUGACGCAUGACAACAUCCUCCAGCACGAAGGCACAAGCGUCAAACUCCCCAGCUUUGUUCCUCCCAAGGGAUGCUGCAGGGAGAGGCUGUUCUCAGCCCAGCUUCCCACAGCCUAGCUGCACGUGCUGACCCCAGAUUGAUCCAGGACGUUCCUUAUCCCCCCCAAGCUCAUGACACCCCAUCACCCAUAUGUAUAAGUAAAUGUCCUGCGAUGCCUCCAGCACGAGAGCAGCACUCCCCUUGUAGACAGGGCACGGGCUGCUUCUUCCUGCCUUUCAACCCAAGAAAACACAGACCUCAUUUGCCCAUGCCACAGCCCCCAGUGCCCCCCAGCUCUAAACAGAGGUGGGCCUGGAGCACACACGUGUGCCAAAGCACCACAAUGUGCACAGCACCUCUGAGCAAACAGGCAAUAAAUGGCCCAGCCACACAAGAGCACAAAGGUGAAGGGUAAGAGGCACCCACUUCCCCAGGCUGUGCUGUGCCAAGCUCUGUAACACUGGCAGACACCAACACGAUGGGACUGUGAAUACCCUGGCCAAGCCACAGGCGUGCAUGAGGCAGGGCCACCCCAAGCAGCCGCACCAGCCCCAAGCCCCCAGGCAGGAGGCCGGGGUACCAGGGGCUGCAUUGGGGGGAGCAGGGGCAGCCCAGUGCCCCGGGCAGGAGGGGUGAGGACGGAGCGUGCUAGCAAAAACAUGCCGAGCGCCUCUGCCCAGGGCGUGCAGGAGCCGGCACAUCCCAGGCACUCCCAGUUUCCUACUGGGAACAAGUGUUUCUCUAACCAGUAAGUGCAGAUCCCCUGUGCCCAAAAAGCAGCAGAGAAAAGCUGCCGUGCCCGGGAGGAGCAGAGGGAAGGGGCUCAAAGGGAGGGAACCCAGCUCUUGCCCCGGCCUGACUCUGAGCUGGGGUUUGCAGCCAGCUGCUGCGGGGCCAGCUGCAGGGAGCUGGGAUUGAGGCACCAAAUGUAAAUAUGAAGAAGCAGGAAUUGCUCCUUCUCCCUCUCCCCUGAGCGAGUGGAUCCAUUUCCUUUAUCUUCACAGAGAAAUAGCCCAGUCUUCCAAAACAACAGCGCCUCCAACCACAGCUUCCUUCUGGGCUAAAUAAUCGGAGAAGUAGAAAGCAGCGCAGAGCCCCAGCCCUUACUGGAACCGACUUCGAGGUGGGUGCAAAGCUGCAGCCCUGCAUGGCCCCCGGCACCACGGCAGGGGUGGCUACUCUGCCCCAGGGAAAUGCUCUUGGCCCUGAAGGUGAGGAGCAGAGGGGAGCAGCUUGGGGCUUGCUGCCUUCGGGAAGUCCCGUUGCCGCAAGACGUGGCUCACGUGGGCUGCAGGGGCUGAGCAAACCUUCAGCUGGAGUGUCCAAGGCAGCCACUCCCCAGCCACUCGGACCUGGCUGUCUGCUCAAAGUACAGCACGGGGUGAUCGUGAGAGUUUCUUUUCUCACCCCCCGCACCAAACCCUGUGUUGCUGCUUGUCUGCCGCUCAGCAUUUUCCUACUUGUGCCCCAUAAAGGAAAGGGCAGCAGUCAUCCCUGGUGUAAUCAGUGUUUUGCUUCUUUAAGGCAUCUGAGCCUGCCUUCUCCGUCCAGGUUGCAGCAACUCAUCCCUCAUCCUCACUGGCUCAUCACUAAUGGUUCUUGCAACUUUCUCUUUAAGAACUACAUCCUGCUGUUCCCCAAAUCAACCAUAAUCCCCCCUCUUUCCCAUCCAAUUAUAAGAACAAGUCUCUCCUCUUCUUUCCUGCAUGGAGCAAGGAGCCGAGCCCCAAACUGCACAUGCAAAGCACCCCCAGACUCCGCAGGGGAUGUUACAGCCCCACAUCACACCCCAGGGCCACAGGCCCACUGGGGCUCCCACGAUUUCUUGUGUGCAGCCGGUAACCCACCGCAGCCAGCCCCACCGCCGCUCACUGCCAACCACCUCUGCGGCGUUAGGAGAGCUCCGGGUGCUAUUUUGGCUGAGGGAGGAAGCGUGCUUGGGCCUUGCACAUAGGAAAAUGCAGAUAGACAGGAACAGCAAAAGGAAAAGAACCCUCUGAAAAACAGGAGGGGGGGGGGAAAUCACAAGUCAUCAAGAACCAAGAUAUUUUUUCACACUGGUUUUGGCCCUGUAAGGCACAUGAUCUGCUAGGACUACGGCAGCAAAAAUUUCUGGCAACAAAGAGUUUACUGAUUCCCUAAUUACAGACAGCAAGGGCUGAAAGGCAGCAGGAAGCAGAGACCAGACAUUAGAGCAGGCGUUACAGGAAUAGCCCAUCUGAAGAGCACUACAUCCCCUUAAAGAGAUCCAGUUUUAGAGCAUUUAAUUGAAAAUAAAUUACAUUCCCAGCAAACACGUGAAGGCCCUUCAGUCUGGCAGAAUUGAGACAGUGAUUUUAGUAGGGCUGUCUGAGUUAACUCACUUGGGGGCAAACACAAAACCAACGCUGUCCCACAGGAUAUUUAAUGCAAUUUGCUUUUAAGCAUUGAUUAGUUCCACGUUGUGCAAUUCUUUUCAGGUAUCACAUUCCCUGCUCUGUUAUCCCAGCUACACCUUGGUAUGAGCAUGACCGGUUUGAAAUGCCAUGGAAGACACAUGCCCCAUCCCAGUUCUGACCCACACAUACACCUCAUCCACGGUCCCUCAAACACUGCCCAGCCCUUACGUGCAUCCCACACCCAGGAGAGCUCCGGCACCCAGUGAAUGGGUAGGAAUCACCUGACAAGAAGAUGGAGGGUAUCAGGUACCAGGCUUGAGACACGCACGCUGAUCACAGCCUGCUUCCACACAUCCAGCCCACAUCCCAUGGGGGUUGGGACAUUUCUUUCCAUGUUCCCAUGCUUGUCCUUCUCUAAUCCCUCCCUUUCUCUAACCCUCGUCUCUUCCCAAAAUAACCCUCCUCUAAUUACUUUUUCCCAUUGGGCCCUGUCUUGCUACAGCCGUAGCCCAAUUUGGUGUUUCUGAUACCUCGCACUGGGUCACCUCCACCUCGCCAGCUUCCACACCCCAGGUGGUCCCCAUGCUCCUCCUCAAUCAUCCGUGAAGCUCAGACACUUCCCUGGGCGCUCUCUGCAGCGAUCCAGCAGCUGCCCGUUCCCUGCUGCAUCCAGCCAUCUCUCAUGUCAUGUCUGCUCCUUUCCCCUGCUCUGUUCAGUGACUCAAACUGCGGGCCAGGACCCGACCUGCCUGGGUACCCUAACAGAGAGGUCCUACAUUUCAUGGAGAUAUGCAGAUCGUGUGAUCAUUAUGAAAUAAAUAAUUAUUUUUUAAAAUUACCUAAGAACUUCAUUGUUAUUUAGCCAGUUCAGUCCUUAAGGAACAUCUCUGAAAACAUGGAAACAUUAGUAAGUGAAUUCCCCUUACAUUCAUUCAUGAGUACCUGAGAAUAUUUUUGCUUAAAGAAAAAAAAUUUAGCCUUCAAUUAGUUCUGAACUAAAAAAAAAAAAAAAGCAAAAAUUACUAAUUUCCUGGAGUUGCAAUUUCUAGCAAUGCCAUGUCGAUCAACUAAUUUUUACAAGGUGCCCUAUAAAAAUCGAGUCCCUUGGAAGGGUUUUUCACAGUCAGGGACAUGAGUUUUGGAAGUGGCAGUGGAAACAGCGCAAUAGGAAGCUCUCACCAAGACAAACGCGGCAUCAAACACCCCAGACCUUACAGAAGGCGGCAGGCACUGCUCAGAGAGCCAAGUAAGAUUUUCCAUGCAUGUUUCCUCAGUAAAACAUCACCUGGUUAUAGAAAAUGUCAAGGCUGCCAAGUGUUACACAGGCUGUCUUGUACUCUGGCAUGGUGCAAAAAGCAUACACACAUGGCUACGCCUGCUUCCUGCUAAAAGGUGCUCGGCUCUUCUCCAGGCUGGAUCACACCAGUGCUCAUCCCACACUCAAAGGUCAGCUCAUACUGGAAUGACCACAGCUCUUGAGUGCAGGCUAUGUAUGGUUAAAACUGCUCUUCAUUUUUUUUGGCUAAUUCCAAAAGUUAGCCAAAAGUUUCAAAGAACGGGAGGAAAAAGCCCAAACAAAAGCCCCAGUGUGGCUGUCAGAAGUUCCACUUCUGUUCUUCAGAAUGACAGGGUCAUCCAUGCUGGUGGAUGAAGCAGGACUGUCCCUAGCCACCGCGUUAUGAUCAUCAUCAUCAAGUCUUUGGAGUCACAUACAUAGCAGCUGUAAAAACAAAUUUGAAAAAGCUGAGACAAAUCAAAAAGCCCCAGAAGCUGAUUACAGUGAAGCAAUCAAUGUGCAAAACAGUAAUCCUCAGAGCCCUUCUGAGAAAGGUGUCGGUGUGAACCCUUCUCAAGAACACCAGAAGCUGGAAGUCAAAAUGUAACUCCCCCGCUGAGUAAGGGUUUAAGAAAAAGCCAGCUGCAAAGCCCACAAAAGCCAAUCAUCAGAGCUACAAAAUGGAGGGGCUGGGUAAACAACAAGGAAAUGAACUUAAGAGAAGCCACUUCCUUCCCCUAACAAGCCCAUGAGGAAAAAAACCCAGUUCUUGAAUAUGGAACCAGUGGAGACAAGAGAAGCAGCAUCCCAUCCCUUCUGAAGGCCACUGGCUAAUGAGGAGCAAGACCACCGUAGGCCAGAAGCAAGCCCACACGGGGCUUGAGAGAUCAUCUGGGAUAUACAAAAAAGACACCAGACAAAAUUUCACCUAACUUGUGAAUAAAUGUAAGACUGAGGUACACUUUAGGGAAGAAAAACAUUUAAGCUACUUCCAUCCUGUUAGCAAAAUUAAAGAUCAUUUUAUGAAGGCAGAGUGCAACCAAUGUCUCCCAGCGACCCGAUGUUAAGUUUUGCUCUGGAUGAUGUCAUCCAGUAGCUUUAUAAAAGCACCGAAAGGUCCUUGGUGCCCUGUGGAGGGGGGGCUGCCUGUGACAUCACACAGCGGCCAGCGCUGCGGUGCCCACCCGCCUGCCACACCAGGGCCAAGGCAGCCACCAUGGUGCGUGGGCACACCAUCUGCCACCACACAUGAUGCACACCAGCACCAACUCACGCAGCUCCCCCCAGCUCUCCCACCAUGGAUGAUGCUGUGGUGCUUGGAAAGAAAGGCUACAGCCUGAACAACACGCUAGGACAAGGCUCAUAUGGCAAAGUGAAAUCCGCCUACUGUGAUCGGCUGAAACGUAAUGUGGCUGUCAAGAUCAUCGACAAGAGGAAAACUCCUCGGGACUUCCUGGAAAGAUUUCUCCCCAGGGAAAUAGAGGCUUUGAGACGUUUGCACCACCCCUCAAUCAUCAAAGCCUAUGAGAUUUUUGAGACAUCAGCUGGAAAAGUGUACAUCGUGAUGGAGCUGGGGGAGAAGGGAGACCUCCUGGACUACAUCAAGAUCACGGGAGCUAUGAAAGAGGACAUUGCUCGCAUCAAGUUUCAGCAGUUGGCUUCUGCCAUCAAGCAUUGCCACGACUCAGACUUUGCUCACAGGGACCUGAAAUGUGAGAAUAUCCUUCUCGAUGAAGACCUCAACAUCAAGCUGUCAGACUUUGGCUUUUCCAAAUCCUUAUCUCGGGAUGAAAAUGGAAGAACUGUUCUCAGCAAAACCUUCUGCGGGUCUGCUGCGUACGCAGCCCCUGAAGUGCUACAGGGCAUUCCUUGUGACCCCAGGAUUUCUGACAUAUGGAGCCUGGGUGUCAUCCUGUAUACAAUGGUGUACGCUUUAAUGCCAUUUGAUGAUUCCAACAUCAGGAAAAUGAUCGGUAUUCAGAAACAACACAGGAUUCCCUUCCCCAACUCAAAACACCUGACUGUAGAGUGCAAGGACCUCAUUCACCACUUGCUCCAGCCCAACAUAUCUCAGAGGUUGUGCAUAGAUGAAGUUUUGAAACACUCAUGGUUGCAGACUCCUAAAUCCAUGAUCCCUUCCCCUCUGCCAGCUGCAGAAGAGGGUGAGUGUUCCCAAAAACUGCGUGGAGGAAAGCCUGAGCACAAGCAGCAAGACAAAUCCCAUUCUGCAGAAGGGGAAGGAGAGGAGAAGGAAACGACAUCCUCUUAAGGAUAGCUGGUUUCAACAAUGUCACAAAGUUGGUCUAACUGGUUCUCAACUUCAGCUUCUCCGGACCCUUUCAGCAGUAGUCCU